AUGACGAAAACCAGUAACGAGACCCAAUACCGCCCCAAAGCACACUCGAAGACCGAGAAAACCUACCUCCGCCCCAUCGUGGCCGGCCUCCUUGGCGGCGCGUUGCUCGUGGCUCUCCUCUCCCGAACAAGUCGCUAUUACACUUGCCCGUUCGUCUCUGAACAUCUCGAGGCUGUUGUCCACUACGCCACGACUCAGGUGAUACCUCAACAAACGCUUCCCGAAAUCACCGUCACGUUGGACGUGCUAAGAUCAGUAGCGCCGUGCAACUUCCUCGUCUUUGGGUUGGGCCACGAUUCCCUCAUGUGGGCCUCGUUGAACCCUGGCGGGACGACUCUCUUCCUCGAGGAGGAACCCAAUUGGAUCAUCAAAGUCCUCAACGAUGCUCCGGGCAUCCGGGCCGAGGCCGUGUCCUAUCGAACUCAGGUCUCGGAGGCCACCCAGCUUCUCAACCGACACUAUCGGGACGAACCCACUUGUUGGGCCCAAAACUCGUUUCUACGCGGUAACGACAAGUGCAGGUUAGCGUUGAACACGUUGUCGGACAAUGUGUACGGCACGGAGUGGGACGCGAUCAUGAUAGACGCGCCGCGGGGAUACUUCCCGGAGGCGCCGGGGAGGAUGGCGGCCAUAUACUUGGCGGCCGUGAUGGCGAGGCAGAGGAAGAAGGCGGGGACCAUACACGUGUUUGUGCACGACGUGGACCGCCCGGUUGAGAGAGACUACGCGCGCUCAUUUUUGUGUGAGAAGAAUCUAGUAGGGGCUGUGGGGAAGUUAUGGCAUUUCAAGAUCCCGGCAACCACAAACGACACCAAACAGUUUUGCUAA